AUGUUCCGCGCGCGCCGCUACCGAGUCCUUCUGAUCUUCGCCGCGGCCUUUGUCAUCGCCUUCUUGCAUUUUGCAAGGUCGCGCGAAUGGCCGGAGACUUCCUCGGUGCAGGGCGUGCCGGCUGUUGUCGAUAAUAGUAUUCCUUACGUGCCGCCGAACUCGAAUUUGGGGACUGCGCAUGCGGCUGAUGAUGAUCGGGUGUCUUCUGAGAAAACGGGGGGGUCGACGGGGAGCUCGGCUGAUGGGUUCACGGGUGGUUCUACGAGCGGUUCCACUUUUGGCUCAACCGGUGGUUCUACUGGCGGGUCGACUGGGGGCUCAACUGGGGGCUCAACUGGGGGCUCAACUGGGGGCUCGAUCGGUGGCUCUACAGGAGGUUCUACUUUUGGCUCAACCGGCGGCUCAACGACGCAGGACUCGACGCUGGACGCUGAGCCUGCUCCCAAGCUGCCAGGAUUGACAUCUGGAGGGGGGCCAACAUCAGACAGCGGUACAUCAGGGACGUCAGACAAAUCGUCAAGCUCGGAUAGCAGUUCACUGGCCGCGGAGAAAGCACCUGGAUUUGGUGACAAGCUGCCGUCUUCGUCAUCCUCCUCCUCAUCCUCGUUGACAGGGACAGCAAUUGGUAGCGACGCGCCGGGCGAGGAAAUCGACAACGGCGGCACCGGCAGAAAGGAGGUGACGAUCAAACCGGGCAAGGGACUGCCCAAGUCACAGUGGCGGUCCUUCGCAGAGAACUACCCCGUCUCCGCGAGCCAGAUCAUCAAGCUGCCGAAAGACGUCCCCAAGAAGCUGCCCAAACUGCAAGCCUCAUUCAAAGACGAGUCCAGUUCCGACCAGCAGGAGCGCCUGCAGCAGCUCGGCUCGAUCAGAGAAGCAUUCAAACAUGCCUGGGGCGGAUACAAGAAAGUGGCUAUGCACCAUGACGAGGUCGGCCCUCUGUCAGAAACGGUUCACGAUCCGUUUAAUGGGUGGGGCGCGACGCUGGUCGAUUCGCUGGACACGCUGUGGAUCAUGGAUAUGAAGGACGAGUUCUCCGAGGCAGUGGAUGCUGUGAAGAGGAUUGAUUUCACCCGGUCUCCGAGAGACGAUAUCCCCGUCUUUGAGACCGUUAUUCGAUAUCUGGGUGGCUUGCUGGGUGCCUAUGAUAUCUCGGGCCAGCAUUACGAGAUCCUUCUCGACAAGGCCAAGGAGCUCGCGGAGAUUCUCAUUGGUGCGUUCGACACGCCGAAUCGCAUGCCUGUUCUCUAUUACCGCUGGGCGCCGGAGCAUGUCUCCAAGCGCCAUCGGGCCAAUGCCCACGUUGUCCUCGCUGAGAUUGGGUCGCUGUCUCUCGAGUUUACUCGGUUGGCGCAGCUUACCAGGGAUGACAGGUAUUAUGAUGCGAUUGCACGGAUCACCAAUGAGCUGGAAAAGAUCCAGGACUCCACCACUAUUCCCGGCCUGUGGCCCCUGCGUCUCAAUGCACAGGGAUGUGCCAACUAUAAAACCUCAAUGCCUUCCAGCAACGUUGGUUCCGCGAUCAGCCAGUCGAAUGACCAAUCGUCCUCCUCUCAAUCAAAGAGUUACAGCAACUCCGGGUCCAGCAGUUCUGGCUCUAGCAACGUGGGCUCCUCCAGCAAUUCCGGCUCUAGCUACUCCGGUUCCACCAAUUCCGGUAGCAACUUGGGCUCCAGCAAUUCUGGCUCUAGCUACUCUGGUAGUAACGUGGGAUCCAGCAACUCUGGCUCCGUCUACUCUCGAGAUGCCUUUAUCGAAGAUGCUGAACGGGCCGCCGGUGCCAGUGCUGCCAAUACUCUCACCGAUCCUAAGGUUGACACAAAGGUCGCGACCAGCCAGACCCAAUCAUCCGAGGGUGAAUGCAAGGACGGAUUACUCUUGCCCCAAACCACGCGCGAUAACAGCUACGGCCUGGGAGGUGCGUACGAUUCGACCUACGAAUACCUGCCCAAGGAGUUCUUGUUGUUGGGCGGCCUGAACGUGCAGUACGAGAAGAUGUACAAGAAGGCGAUGAGCGCCGCCCGGAACCAUUUGCUCUUCAAGCCGAUGGUCAAGGACGGGCGUGACCUCCGCUUCUUUGCCUCCACAAUCGGGCUGGACCCCACGAAGAAAGCGACCCCUCGUUCAGCGGAUCUCGUCUAUGAAGGCAGUCACCUGUCCUGCUUCGCCGGCGGCAUGAUGGCUCUCGGUGCCAAAGCCUUCGAUAUCCAGGGUGACCUGGAGCUCGCGGGUAAACUGGCCGAUGGCUGCGUAUGGGCGUACGAAUCGACCAAGACAGGAAUCAUGCCUGAGCAGUUCCGCCUGCUGCCCUGUGAGAAAGAUGUGGCUUGCACAUGGGACGAGAGCCGCUUCCAGUCAGGCGUGCAAAAGUGGGGAACUACUCAGGACUCGCACGCUCAGGCGCAGUUCCGUAGCGCGGAGAGCGAAUACGGACAGCGUGUGAAAUUGAACGAGGAGAGCGGUGUGGAGCGUACUGGAGAGGGUGGCAUGGCCGUCCCGAUGCCCAUGCCAGGAUCGUUGAAUCCCCACGACGACCAGUCGUACAAGCGCGACGUGUUCGCAACGGGCCGACAAAAUCCCUCCGAGAGCCACGAUAUUGACCCGUCUAUCGAUGACCGAGAUACGCUUCGCGACACCUCUCGCGACAAUAUCCCCGACAGCAGUCGCAACCCACAAGUCAUCUCCUCACAAGCGCAGGCCGAGAACGACCGCCGGCCAGCGGGCAUGCUGCGGAUCUCGUCGCCGCAGUAUUUCCUGCGUCCCGAGGCGAUCGAGUCCGUGUUCAUCAUGUACCGCACGACCGGUGACGACUACUGGCGCCGCAAGGGCUGGAAGAUGUUCGAGGCGAUCCAGAGGUAUACGCGGACGGACUUGGCCAACGCGGCUAUCAACGACGUCACGGCCGAGGAGCCCGUGCUCAAGGAUACGAUGGAGUCGUUCUGGCUGGCUGAGACGCUGAAAUAUUUCUACCUGCUCUUCAGCGACCCGAGUGUUGUGGAUCUGGACCAAUACGUUCUAAACACCGAGGCGCAUCCCUUCCAGCGCCCGAUCUCGUAA